AUGUCGGACUCAGGUGCCAACGACGUCGAGGGCCCGGCCUGGGAUAUGUCCAAGAUCGUGACAGCUCUAAACUCCUCAUCGACUACCAACCGAAUAAAGCACUUACAAAUUGCCGAGGAAGGCAUUGAAAAGGAAGAUAUUAACAACAGCGAGAUUUCUGCCCUCCUUCCGAUUCUUUUCCAGACUCAUGCAACGUAUAGCGACCGAGAAUCAAGAUUGAAAGUUCAAAAGUGUCUUUUGAAAUGCCUUUUGAAUAGACCUGACACAGCGAACCUCGAAAAAUUCGUGAAAUGGAUUCGUGCUGAGAGCCACGUUCGGAUUGCCAAGUCCAGUGCCUUUGUGCUGCUAGAAUGGUGCUGCCUGCUCAUCCAGACACUAAGCGGCUCUCCCCUAUGGCAAAAGUUUGGUAGCGAGAUUUUGUUGGCCGAGUCGGAUGCCCUUGAACAAUGUCUGGCGCCGCCAGUGAAACAUAGCAUUGCCCGUUCAGCGUUGACCGUCAGUCGGCGAGCAUUUCGAAGUCUUUUUGGCUCUCAGCAACUCUGCGAGGCUCAAUUGAAAACCGCUGUGGCCACUCUUACAACAAAGCAAUCACAAUCAACGUCAUCUCGCGCCACUCUCCUCGGAGUUGUUGCUGGUGUUUGUGCUCGUAUCCCAGCAGCCCGAGUCGCAUUGGAGAAGGAAAAGAAUGUCUUUUACGAAUUUUAUGCUAGAGAGAUUGUCAAUUCCAAGACCACUGUACCCCGACAUCUCUCCAAUGGUAUGGCAGAUUUCUUCCAGAACUUUGCUACCAUAUCCGACCUUUCUUCACAGCUCAUCCCAGCCUUUGAGAAGGCAUCUUUGAGGUCGCCUGAAAUCGUUCUUGAUGGCGUAAUUCAAGCGGUAGUAGCAGCACUUCCCCAAAGCUUGGACUUGUCAGAUGUCCUCCAAAAGAAUUUGAUGAAGUCGAUACUCUCCAACAUAAAAUCUAGCAAUCCUACGAUACGAAUCGGAGCACUGAAUACUUUCCGAGAGAUUACUACUCGAUGCCAAAAUUCUAAGACUAUGAGUGUUGUCAUUGAAGAGCUUACCGUGCCUUUGAAAUCAGGCAAGGUUGCUUCCCCUGAACAACGCACAUUGUUCGCUGAAAUGAUUGAGGCUGCCGGCCCUUUUGCCGAAGCUGAUGAAGCUGUUGCUACUGCGUUAGCUACUGCAGCAGCCAAAGAGGGCAAUGAAGGCGCCUUGAAUGCAGAACUUGGCCCCCUUGCGCAGUCAAUUUGCCAAAUUGUGGCAUCCAAGACCGAAGUAUCUAAGCCUGUAACAGACGCAUUGCUUAAGGGCUUGUCUGACAAAAAGGCUCCUGUACGCAGGAUAUGGCUUCUUGCUGCUGGUCACAUUGUAUUGACAAUUUGCAAUGCUCCCGACCGUGAUUGUGCGACCGGUUUCAUAGAAUUGGUGGUCGCAAAACUUAUUGACGCAUUCAAUGAAUUCGAAUGCAAUGUCGCCAUCGCAUCUCAGAACAACUUGAUGGUUGGAGUUUACAUUCUGGUAGCUCUGUCACCCAUUUUACAAGAAAACUUUCCUGGAACACCGUUGGCAGCGAAGAUCGAAGAGAGUUCCAUCAUGAAACGUGCUCUGCAGAAUGAAAAGCAACCGGUCCUGCUAUCGAGCCGUAUUUACAACAAAAUCACUUCAGGGGAGGACUUGAAGUGGCUGUGUCUCGCUCUUCAGAGUGCUUCCAAGAAACUCAGGCCAGAUGACGAAGAUGACGAAGAGAUGAGAGUUGAGUGGGCUCAGGCAGUGAUUCAUCUUAUGAUAUCACCCUCCGUUCCGCCAACUAUUCGACAAGAAAUGACUAAAAUAUUAGCCACAUUGUAUGCAUCUGACCCCCAUUCAGCCUCUUCUAUAAUAAUCGAAGGGCUAUGGCAUAUUGUCAUCUCAUCAGGCGUCAAAAAUGACACCGAAAAGUCUUCCUCCCUUAUUAAAGUCAUCCAUACCAUUUGCCCUAGCGCAAGCAAAUUAGCCUCGACAAGAACAGACACAUCACAAGAACAGCUCAAAUCACAACUUUGUUCACUAGUUGUUCUAACCCAGCCAGAUCUAAUCCCACGCGCUAGCUGGAUUGACCUCUGUUUAAACGUGGGCUUGGAUCCUGGUCAGCUUGCCUCCAGCCACUGCAAGGCUCUGAUGAACGAAGUCGGUAUUAGAACUGCCGCCGACCAGCCGAAUAAUGUCAAACAAGCAGCCUAUCGUGCGGCGGCGGAUUUGGCCUUUGUAGCCCCUGAUGCUAUCAUCACUCCGCUACUAGCGCGAGUCAAAGAUGAUCUGAACAGCAAACAGUUAGAUAACGUUGGUCCAGUUGAAGCUGCUAUGUCAAGAUCACCCUCUGAUGUCUGUUUCAUUGAUGUUUUGGCAAAGAAGACGCUUGCGGCUCUACCUAACAAAAAUACUGAGGAUAUCGAUUUGGUAGCCUGGGAGAAAGAAAUGCACACCGCCGCUGAGGAGAGAAAGAAAACACAAAAGAAACUUUCCUCAGAUGAAUCAACCAAACUAAACGCUCAGCUGAAGAAGGAGGCGGAGACUAGGAACUUGGUGCACAAUGUACAGGCGAAAUUCCACCGAGCCUUUGGAAUCAUCCAAGCCAUUGCAACUGGACCACCAACUGAGCCAACUCUUUGGCUAGGCGCGGCAGUUGAUCUCCUCCUUGGCGCCAUCGACUCUGGUGCGAAUCUUAUUAUAGGAGAUGCGGCUGCCGAAACCUUUAUUAUUUGUUCUAGAAGUGUUUCCCACCGACUCGGCGUCAUGCGACCAUUCAUCGGCGCAGCAAUCCUCCGUCUACGAGGCAUUCAUGUAGCUGAGGAGUACCAGCAAGAACAACUUGAAGAUUUGAUUACUCGAGCUUUGUACAGGCUACGAUUUGCAGGCGAGCAGAGGCCCUUUGAUGUUGCAUCGUUGAUGUAUCUGAUCCCCUUAUUGGUCUACAUCCUUCGUAAUGGAGGGGUUGGUGAAGAAGCCGACGAUCGAGAUGCGCAACUUGUUCUGGCUAUUGAAAUCCUUUCCUUCCAUACUUCCGUCUGCGAAGACGAAUCCUUGCCUAGAGGGGAGCUCCUGUCCAUUCUCAUUGAAACAAUGCAGAAACAUGCUCAACAUUACAAAAUUGCACGAGACUGUUUCGCCGAUUUGUCGCGUUGCCUAGCGCCAAACAUCAGCAACACAGAGAUGGAGGUUCUUGCUAGGGGUGUAAUUGUGCCGCAAGCCAACGUUCGCACUACUGUCUUACAGUCUAUCAGCGCGGAUAUUGAUCUUAGUGACAUCAAAUGUUCUGAUGAGAUCUGGGUGGCUAGUCAUGAUGAUGUUGAAGAAAAUCAAGAGCUGGGUAAGGAAAUUUGGGAUGAGAGCGAAUUUGCGAUUACACCAGAUACCCCGCUUCGGUUAACCGAAUAUUUGCUGAGCAAGGAUGGUCAAUUGAGACGCGCCGCUGCACGCGCUUUAGCAGCUUCUUUACGCUCUCAAGCUUCGGCAAAGGAGGAGGUCAUCAAGCGACUUGAAGCACUUUAUGCUGAUCUUUCAAAACCACGCGUACCCCAACUAGAUGAAUAUGGCCUUGCAAAGAAGACCGAUCUUUCCGAUCCUUGGGAAGGUCGACUUGGUUUGGGAACUGCUUUCAAGGAGAUGUCACAAGACUUGAAUACUUCACAGUUAGACGGAAUGUUCACAUUCUGGAUCGAAAGAGGACCAUUUGCAGACAAGGAUGCCAAUGUCCGCGCUGAGAUGGUUGGCGCUGGCUUGUAUGCUAUUGAAUGUCACGGCAAAGAUAUGCUUACUACCCUGAUGAAGAAAUUUGAGAAUCUUCUUGAGACUAGUGAGAAGAAUAGCGAUCAAGCUGAUCGACUCAAUGAGGCCGUUAUUAUCAUGUACGGUGCUCUGGCCAGUCAUCUGCCGGCUGGAGACCCAAAGACCCCAGUGGUGAUUGAUCAAUUAUUGGCAACAUUGAGCACUCCAUCUGAAACGGUUCAAUAUGCCAUCUCAGACUGUCUACCUCCUUUGAUUAGAGCGGCGCCGGCGAAAGCUGCCAAGUACUUCGAAAGAGUCGUUGAAGAUCUACUCAACUCAACAUCUUACGCUACCCAGAGAGGUGCUGCAUAUGGUCUUGCUGGCAUGGUCCGGGGUCGUGGUAUUGUUGCUUUGAAAGAAUUCAGAAUCCUAUCUACAUUGAAAGGUGCAAUGGAAGAUAAAAAGAGUGCCGGUAAGCGAGAAGGAUCGCUGAUGGCCUUUGAACUCUUGUCGACUGUUCUCGGUCAAGUAUUCGAACCCUACGUUUUGCAAAUUGUGCCCCAACUUCUCAAUGGCUUCGGUGAUAGCAAUGCAGACGUCAGAGAUGCUUGCUUGGCUGCUGCAAAGGCAUGUUUCGGAAAAUUGAGUUCUUAUGGUGUUAAGCAAAUCAUGCCAACGCUCUUAGGUGGCUUGGAUGAUCAACAAUGGCGCAGCAAGCGAGGUGCCUGUGACUUGCUUGGCGCCAUGGCAUAUCUUGACCCCAACCAACUUGCGAAUAGCCUUCCGGAUAUCAUUCCACCCCUUACUGGCGUCCUUAAUGACUCACACAAAGAAGUCAGAGCCGCCGCUAAUCGCAGUUUGAAGCGAUUCGGUGAAGUGAUCACAAACCCUGAGAUCAAGAGUCUCGUUGACAUGCUGCUUAAGGCUCUCAGUGACCCUACCAAAUAUACUGAGGAGGCCUUGGAUUCUCUUAUCAAGGUCCAGUUUGUGCAUUAUCUGGAUGCACCUUCUCUGGCCUUGGUGACUCGUAUUCUUCAGCGCGGUCUGGGUGACCGUUCAAAUACCAAACGCAAGGCAGCGCAAGUCAUUGGUAGUCUUGCUCAUUUGACAGAAAAGAAGGACAUCAUUAUCCAUCUCCCUAUACUUGUAGCUGGCCUAAAGGUUGCUGCGGUAGAUCCAGUCCCUACUACAAGAGCCACUGCUUCCAGAGCUUUGGGAUCAUUGGUCGAAAAACUUGGAGAAGAUGCCCUACCCGACCUUAUUCCUGGACUUAUGCAAACUCUCAGGUCUGAUACUGGCGCUGGUGAUCGCCUUGGCUCUGCCCAGGCCCUCAGUGAGGUCCUCGCUGGAUUGGGAACCGCCAGGUUGGAGGAGACAUUACCGACAAUCUUACAAAAUGUCGAAUCCGCAAAGGCAGCUGUCAGAGAAGGAUUUAUGUCACUCUUUAUCUUCUUGCCUGUAUGCUUUGGCAACAGCUUUGCAAAUUACCUGGGCCGCAUUGUUCCGCCUAUUCUCGCUGGUCUUGCGGACGAUGUAGAGUCCAUCCGUGAGACUGCUCUUCGAGCUGGUCGAUUGCUUGUCAAGAACUUUGCUGUCCGUGCAGUUGAUUUGCUUCUUCCGGAACUUGAGCGCGGAUUGGCAGAUGACAGCUACCGUAUCCGUUUAAGUUCGGUCGAACUCGUUGGUGACCUAUUGUUUAACUUGACAGGUGUCAAAGCAAACGUUGAUCCAAAUGACGAAGAUGAUGAAACAUUGAAAGAAGUCGGUGCAUCGCUCAAAGAAGCACUUGGGGAAGAGAAACGAAACAAGAUCCUUUCUGCACUAUAUAUCUGUCGCUGUGAUACGGCUGGUGCUGUUCGAUCUGCAGCCAUCUCAGUUUGGAAGGUUCUUGUCCAUAACCCUAGAACGCUCAAAGAGCUUGUUCCUACCUUAACCCAACUCCUUAUCCGACGCCUUGGAAGCUCUAACAUGGAGCACAAGGUUAUCGCCAGUAAUGCUCUGGGUGAACUUAUCCGAAAGGCUGGUGACGGCGUCCUGGCUAGCCUUUUGCCAUCGCUUGAGGAAGGUCUCAUUACAUCCACAGACUCAGACGCUAAGCAGGGUAUCUGUUUGGCUCUCAAGGAGCUUAUUGCGUCCGCCGCUCCAGAGUCUCUUGAGGAUCAUGAGAAGACUCUAAUUUCUGUUGUGCGUACGGCGCUCACAGAUUCAGAUGAGGAUGUCCGUGAAGCUGCCGCUGAGGCCUUUGACUCAUUGCAGAAUGUUCUGGGCAAGAGAGCCGUGGAUCAGGUUCUUCCAUUCUUCCUAAACCUAUUAAGAUCUGAGGAUGAUGCUCAAAAUGCAUUGGCCGCUCUAUUGACUUUACUAACGGAAACCACUCGAUCCAAUAUCAUUCUCCCCACGCUUAUUCCAACCCUAACAACUCCUCCAAUCUCGGCUUUUGAUGCGAAGGCCCUCGCGUCCUUGUCGAGAGUUGCUGGUGCUGCUAUGAACAGACGACUACCCAACAUUAUCAACUCUUUGAUGGACAAUGAAAUCAAUUGCGAUGAUGAGAAUCUUCGCAGUGAGCUUGAGCAGUCGUUUGACACCGUUAUUCAGUCAAUUGACGAGUACGAUGGCCUCAAUACUGUGAUGAACGUGCUGCUCGGACUCCUCAAGCACGAGGAUCACCGCAUCCGCGCUGCUACCGCCAAGCACAUGUACAGUUUCUUCAACGCCGCAGCGGUCGACUACUCGCGAUACAAUCAAGACAUCAUUCGCAACCUACUCAACUCAUUUGACGACAGCGAUGACGCGGUAGUCAAAUCGGCAUGGGCAGCACUUUCUGAAUUCACCAAGAAGCUACGAAAGGAGGAGAUGGAGUCGCUUGUGUCCUCCACCAGACAAACUCUGGAGAGAGUUGGUGUUGCUGGAUCGAACUUGAGAGGAUUUGAUCUCCCUAAGGGUAUAAAUGCCAUCCUUCCUAUCUUUUUGCAAGGUUUAAUGAAUGGUACCGCCGACCAGAGAGUUCACGCAGCCAUCGGUAUAUCCGACAUUGUGGAUCGUACUAGCGAGGCUUCUCUUAAACCGUUUGUCACUCAGAUUACCGGUCCUCUGAUUCGUGUUGUCUCAGAAAGAUCGACUGAUGUCAAGGCCGCUAUUCUUUUAACCCUCAACAACUUGCUUGAAAAGAUACCAACUGCAUUGAAACCUUUCCUACCUCAAUUGCAGCGAACUUUUGCCAAAUCUCUUGCCGAUGGCUCCAGCAAUGUUUUGAGAACCCGAGCUGCGAAGGCUCUUGGCACCCUGAUCAAGUAUACUCCUCGCGUCGAUCCUCUUAUUGCUGAACUGGUUACUGGAUCUCGUACUACAGAUGCAGGCGUCAAGACUGCAAUGCUAAAGGCCCUCUAUGAGGUCAUUAGCAGAGCCGGAGCCAAUAUGGGAGAAUCUUCUAGGACAGCAGUUCUAUCUCUUAUUGAUGCCGACACUGAUGAACAGGAUGAGAGUAUGACGGUCACAAACGCUAAACUGCUCGGCGCGCUCAUCAAAAACGUGCCUGAGGAUGCUGCGAUCGGUUUGCUCAAGAGCCGUGUAUUCACAUCACCCAGCUCUGUUUCAUCGUCAUUAGCUUUAAAUGCUGUAUUGGUGGAGUCAUCUGAGGCACUGACAACAAGCUCGUUGAUCGAUGAUCUUCCUGAGCUUCUCUGCAAUGGCAUGGUCAAUAAGAACAUGUAUAUCUCAAGCAACUAUAUCGUCGCAACAGGAAAGCUUUUGCUCUCAGCACCGCCAAAGAAUUUUGAUACGAUUAAGAGCAUUAUUGGGGCGCUCGCUAGGCUGAUCGAGCCCGAUCAAGCAAUUGACUCUAGACGUUUGGCCCUAGUGGUCAUUCGCACAGUCAGUAGAAGCAAUGUUGAUUUGGUUCGUCCCCAUGUGCCAUUACUCGCACAGCCAAUUUUUGCAAGCGUCCGCGAUCCCGUCAUCCCGAUCAAGCUGGCUGCAGAGGCUGCCUUUGUGGAACUCUUCGAUGUAGUGGAGGAAGAAGGUCGUAUUUUCGACAACUUCAUGACCGGACCUGGAUCUGAACUCCCUCCUAAUACAAAGAGGAGCAUGUCAGAUUACUUCAAACGAGUUGCAAUGAGAUUAGGAGCACAGGCACGAGAACGACGAGAGGCCGAAGGUGGCCAGGGCGGUUUGGGUCUCUCCAACGAUGAGGCAGAAGAUGAACGGGAGAUUUGGAACGACCGACCAUCCACGACAACGACAAUCAAGAUGGUCAACCUGCGAACUCAAAAGCGCCUUGCCGCGUCUGUCAUCGGCUGCGGUCAGCGCAAGAUCUGGCUCGACCCUAACGAGCAGAGUGAAAUCUCGAACGCCAACUCUCGCCAGACCAUCCGCAAGCUCGUUUCCGAUGGACUCAUCAUCCGCAAGCCCGUUACCAUGCACUCCCGUUCUCGUGCUCGUGAGCUCAACCUUGCUCGCAGAGUAGGCCGUCACCGUGGUUACGGUAAGAGAAAGGGUACCGCCGAUGCCCGUAUGCCUUCUCAGGUUCUCUGGAUGCGCCGUCUCCGUGUCCUCCGCCGUCUCCUCGUCAAGUACCGUGCCAGCGGCAAGAUCGACAAGCACCUUUACCACGAGCUGUACCACCUCAGCAAGGGUAACACCUUCAAGCACAAGCGUGCCUUGGUAGAGCACAUUCACCGCGCCAAGGCCGAGAAGUUGCGCGAGAAGGCUCUCAAGGACGAAAUGGAUGCCAAGCGUGCGAAGACCAAGGCUGCCAGAGAGCGCAAGUUGGAGAGAGCGGCUGCGAAGAGAGAUGCCAUGCUUGGCGACGAGUAG